AUGGAUGAAAUAAACGAAGAAUCGUCAUCAACUGUCACAGCGUCAUUUGAAGAUUGUGAAAUGUCAUCCACAAUUGAUGAGAUGUGUGAUCUUGCAUUAAAGUUUCUUGACCAAUUACGAAAUGACGGAACAGAAGAAAUGAAGCAAAUUAAUGGACUGGAAGCAUUAUGUGAAAUCACAAGUGACGUUCUGAGUGAUGGAAAGCUGAACAAAGAAAGUAAUUAACUUUAACACAUAUUUAUAAGAUUUGGAUCAAUUGAAGUAUGCGACUCCCAAUAAAUGAGUGCUGUGUUGAACUUCCUUGUUCAGACAAAAAUACUUAUUUAUUAUAAAUUAAGUGAUUUUUAACCCAUUGAAUGCCAGCAUUCUCCCUUUGACAAGUAAAAUCAUCUGUCGUUAACAGAGUAAACUAAUAAUUAAAAGUAGGGCACAUUGAGACAUAAUGCAAUAACUCAAUGGGUUAAAGAAUAAGGCUAUUGCAUGCUGCUGAACAUAACUCAUUAUAUUUUCAGAGGAAUAUUUUGGCAAGACAUUAUGGCUUGCAGAGAUAAACAAAGCCAUGGAAAGCUUUCCCGAGUCUGCAUCUAUACAAGAAACAGCAUGUCGAUGUUUGACUGCACUCUUGCAAGAACGACCCUUAUUGUGUCAGUUCAUCGGUCAGGAGACAGGACAGCUGCCACUUUCCUGCAAUAUCUCAUUAGCAAUGGAAAAGCAUUGGGAUUCAUCUUCUCUAUUCAAGAGUGCUUGUGAUGCUGUGUUAAUGAUGUUGUCUCAUGAACCACAUCUGCAACAGGUGCGAAGUUGUACAUUACACAAUUUUUCAUUAGUUUCAGCAUUUCACCAGAUUACAUUUAAUUUAGCAGGGGAGUCUGUGUCCCUUGCUUACUUGAUAACUUUUUCUUUGCUUUCUUGUUCCCAAUCAUAUUUUACCAUGUUCCCUAAAAUUACAUAGUUCCCUUUUUGGGAGACCCUCGGCAAUGAAAACUUCAAGUCGUAGUUCUUGUCAGCAGCGAGCCCAUGGGCAGAUUUACUGUCUCUAACCCCUCUUAUAAAGUGUUCAAGCCCACCAAAAUUUUGCUUCACCGCUCCUAUUUUGGGUGAAAAUCUUUAUUCCUAAUUAAUGCCUAACCCCUGCUGAAGCUCGCUCAGUGGUGCCGCUUGCGCCCCACUAGAAAAUUCCCCCCCCCCCCUUUUUUUAAACAAAAAUGAAAAUCCGCCCUUGAACGAGCCCAACAUAAACUGAGCAAGGGGCUCCAUGAAGCACCAAUGGUGUGGUGAGAUACUGUAUUAAACAGUGUUGUUUCAAGUUGUUUGUCAACAUUGUUAGAAGCUUGUGAACACGUCUUCUUUAUAAGAUCAAUGCUAGGAGAUUUUAUGUGGUUGCUUGCCUGUGCCUGACAAUUUUGAAAGGUAUCUUUAGUAGCUAGCAUUUCCUUUUGUGAAAAUGUCAUUAGUUCUUCCCGAGAGCUUAUAAGCAGUGAACACAAGGUAAUGCAGCUUUUUUGGUAUGGUACAAGUAGGUUUGAAGUGGAAAACAGGCUUAAAGGUCUUAAAACUAGGCUACGUCCACACUUUUCCAUAGAUUAUUCCACAUUAUGUUGCCUUUGCAAUUGCAAGUUGUGCUUGCAGGUUAAUCACCAAUAAAUCCAGUGUGAGACAAGUACAGUAAUUCAUCUGAAAUUAGGACAAACAACACACUUGCCACGCAUGAUUGUGUUCAUGACCACAUUUAUGAAAACCUAGUUCGUUUUCGCCCGUCCACACUAAUCCAUUGUCAAAAGUCUCCACUUUCAAAGCCGUUUUCAACAAGCUCCAUUUUCAUUGAUGAAGGCAUCCGUUUUCCAUCGUAUUAGUGUGGACGAUCGGUGAAAACGCACACAAAAGUAUGCGUUUUCAAACGAAAACGGAUCAGUUUCUUAAUUUAAAUUAUCUAAAUGUAGGAGUUUGCCAAACUGGAUUUUCACAAAGCAAUUCUGUUGAAAAUCUCCGCCUCACAAGACAUCCAGGAAGUGGUGAAAGCAUUUCAAGUCCUUGUGUAUAUAUCCCGUGAGAAUCCAGAUUUUAAAGAGAAACUCUUGACGGAAGACAUAUUGCCUUGUAUCUAUCGUGUUUUUGAAGCGUUCCCAAGCGACUGUGAAGUGUUAAAACAAGGUGUAAUGUUGCUAGGAACGUUGGCUGAAGGUUAUCCGUUGGUAACGCAUCAAUGCAUUGUUGAAGAAAUUCACCUUAGCUUACUGCACGUUUUGAGAGAGUUUAAAAGGUUUGUUUCACUGGUGGAGGUCACAAUUGAAACUUUAGGUAAGAUAAACGGUAAAAUUAUUUUGUUUUCUGAUUUCUUCUAUAUGGUGGGGAAAGAAUAAAGAAUGAUACAAGACAGCGGAUUCAGAACCCAGGAAUUCAUACAGUUAAUUGUUGUUGGUAGUUUUUCGCAGGGGCGUAUCUAUCGUUGGGAUGCAGCCCUCUGGUGUGCACCCCACCUAUAGUGGUAUCUAGCACCCCCUAGAGAAAUCCAGCACCACCCUAAAAAAUCUUCUUGACCAUACCGUUUCUGCUUUUCGAAUAGCGAUGUCGGAGUCUAUGAAAUAUUACAAGGACGAAAAAAGGUUGUAGUAUAUAAAUGGCUAAUACGCAUAGGCAAUUCCAGCUUUUAGUUUAUGCCUGCAGGUGAUGAUAGGAAGUAAGGUAUCAUAGUGCUAAUUAUGCUGAAAAAUGUCAAUACUACCGAAACAACCGAAAUAUUUCAAUAUUUACAAGUAUAAGCUAUGACUCCGUGUUUACACGGCCAUCAUUUUUAUUUUUUCAGCAUAAUCAGCAAUGUGAUACCUUACUUCCCAUCGUCCCCUGCACGCAUAAACUAAAAGCUGGAAUUGCCUAUUACGUAGCCGUAGGAGUGCUAUAAGAUAAUCUCUUACUUAUAUUUAUUACGUACAAUGCGCGGCGGACGUGAAUCUUGGCAGUAAAUUGAACGAUUUUAUGUAUGAUGGUAAAGUGUUCUGCCGAUCUGAUAAAAUAUAAUUUCCUACAGUAGUCCUGUUUAAUAUUAAAUUAUAAUUAUUGAUGUCAUAAGUAUACGAGUUUGAUAUCGAGGCUCAAAAUUCAGUGCAGCGCUUUAACGAAGGGAUUACCCAAAAUUCCGAUAUACAGGGUGUAUCAAAAAAAAGGUAUUCGAACUUCAGCGCGCUAUUAUACGUGAAUCACUCAGCGUAUGAACAAUUGGUUUUCAUAUUUGGAAAGAUCAGGCUUUUAGCUAUUGAAUGACAUACUUUUCAUACCAAGUGGAGAAAAAAUAAGCAUGUACGAGGCCGAUCAAAAAUGUUAGUCAAAAUCGCAUAUUUUCACCUCUGUGCCUAAUUAAAACAAUGCAUAACAAAAGAAAAAGCAAUUAUAAAGUUUGUUUGUUCACUGCAACCAGGUAUAUCAAUCAUGUUUCGCUCGCUACUCUGGUUUAAAUAAAUGAUUACAAAGCCCAGUCGAAUUGUCUUGAUUACAAUUCGACUGGGCUUUGUAAUCAUUUAUUUAAACCAGAGUAGCGAGCGAAACAUGAAAAAGCAAUUAAUCACUAACGUGUCGUAGCUUAGCUAAAAUUUAUUCCUACUUAAUAAUAAUUAUGAAUAUGUGCGUAGUUUAAUGAAGUGAAAUUCAUCAACUUAAGUACCAAAGGGAGUUCAUUUUCAAUGGUUUUAGACCCAACUCUCAACGGUGAAAAUAUGCGAUUCUGUCAAACAUUUUUUAUCGGAUUCGUAUUUGCUCAUUUUUUAUCCAUUUGGCAUGAAAAAGAUAUCAUUCAACAGCUAAAAGCAUGAUCUUUCCGAAUGUGUUAAAAUUUCGUUCAUAUGCAGAGUAAUUCGGAUACAAUAGCGCGCUGAAGUUCGAUGACCUUUUUUUUAUACACCCUGUAUAGCCAUACACCAUAGGAUACAUUAGCAUCAUCUUAGUAUUUAUACACGAACUUGUGGUUAGAGCUCGACUACUGUAGCUCAGUUGGUUAGAGCGCUGCACCGGAAUCGCAGGUUCGAUUCCUGACCCGGUUUACCAUUAGGCAGAAUUUUGCACGCGGAGCGGAAUAUUUUUUGUCUUCUCAGAUUAAUAGUUCCACCGAAGAAAUCACAAUGUUUGGAAUUAAUGUAUGUUCACUGUUUUAGGUAUGUUUUGCACAACAGAAGGUAUCUCAGAUAUCUUGGUGACUGGCGGGUGUGUUGAACUGAUCUGUGAAUUAAUGGAGAAACAUAGAAAAAAUCCUGAAUUUCAAGCUAAAUCACUAACUAUGCUACAAAGCUUGGUAAAACCUACUGAAGAUGUUCUCUCAAUACUGCUUCCUGAGAUUAAGAAAGUAAUGAAAAAGUAUCCGGAGUCAUGUGAACUGCAACAACAGUGUUGUGCAAUUUUGUACAGUCUUGCCAAGGAUAACUACGCCAUAUCUGUCAAGUUAAUAAAGGAGCGUUUCCAUCAACUGUUUUUUAAAAUUCUCGAAAGUUUCGAGGACAACUUCGUGUUAAAUAGUGCUGCUGAUUGUAUCUACCUCCUGGCAUGUGAAUAUGAUUUGAAGAACCCGAUGUUGUUUGAAAUGUGUGCACUUGGUAAUGCAACAGCUGUUAGCUUACUUCUCCAACUUUCAGCUGACGUUAACUACCGCGAAGGAAACGACACCCCCCUGAGUGUGGCUUGCAAGGCUAAUAACUUAAAGUUAGUUCAAUUAUUGUUAACGAAAGGAGUUACGGAUAUGCAUCAUCCCCUUACUCUGUGCAUGGAGAACAAGCAUCAUCAUAAAUUAGCUGGUUUUCUCUUGAAACAUAUGGGUCAUGACGAAGAUGGAGGCACUAUAUCUUUGACAGGUGAGCACAGGUGCUACAUGUGGAUAUUGCGCUGUCCCUGGGGAGCACAUAUACACGUGCACGCAAAAAUCUCACAUCGUGUAGCAAGUCUGCCAACAAGCCGUCAACGAAUUGUGUUCGCACUGCUUGUCUCAAGUUGUCAACAAGUUUGGAACAAGCUAACUCGUAACAACCUUGUUGAUAUUACAGUAUCAGACUUGUUGCAAGGUUGUUCCAAUAAGUCCUGUACAGUUAUGGUAUAACAAUAUUGUUAUAUCAUGACUGUAUCGGACUUGUUAGAACAACCUUGAAACACGUCUGAUAAUGCCAUCAAGCUUGUUACAAGUUGUUAACAGCUUGUUCCAAACUUGUUACAACAAGUAUAGGAACAAUCAGUGCGAACACAACUUGUCGACAGCAUGUGAACAGAUUUGUAACAGGCUAACAGCUUGUUUCCAGACCUGUAACAACUUGUGCGUUUUACGUGUGUAUAACAAGUAUGGUUAUUGCGCUGUCCCUUGCCGCUGAGUUAAGCCUGCUCUUGCCUGUCAAGGGAAGCCUGGAAGAUAUAUAUGUUGUUAGCGCGCUAUCCCUGGGCCCCGUAAUGACUAAAAAACUCAUUAAUAAUUCAUGAGAAAUCACAAAGAAAAAUCAUAAGCGUGUCGUAUCUGUAUAUGUGAUACAGAUUCAUGUUGAUUUACAUAAACUUUAACUUUGAUUUUCUCGGCUUAGACAACGUUUAUUUUUAAAAUUACUUCGCCAAUGAACUCAUAAGAUGAGUCGUUUUUCUCGCCUUCGGCUCGAGUUUGUAUAUCCGAUACAACACGGCCGCUCAUGUUGUAAAUAGUACAUAUAUGUGUUAUUUGUAAUAUUGUUAUUUGUUAUGUGUUAUUUGCUUACGUGCCACACGUAAAAACGCACAAGUUGUAACAAACCUGCAGCAGACUUGUAGCAAUGCCGUUCCAACAACUUGUCAUCAGGAUGUGUUCGCACUGCUUGUUGUCAGCUUGUUGUCAAACAAGCAAGCUGUCAACGGCUUGUUGGAAACUUGCUACAUACAAGGUUGUUAAGAUCGACAGACUUGUUACAAGUUGUUCCAACAACUUGAUAUCGUCCUGCAAUUCAACAAUUUGUCAACAAGUUGUGAGUGACAACCUUGUAACAACUUGAUAAAGUAACGGCAUUGUUACAAUUGUUACAAUUGUUACAUUUUGCGAACACAUCUUGUUGACAAAUUGUGAGAUUUGUACGUUUGUAAUACCAUGGAUAAUAAAAUAAAUGGAUAGGACUCUAGCUGACGUAAGCAAAAACAACCUAGUUGCAAUCUGUGACGUCACGCGUAUUGCAAAGUUCUCGGCAUUUUUGUUGUUUCGCUAUACUUUCCGCUUUAAAAGAGUAAUAUUGAAGCAUAUACUGGUCUAAAAACAUGCCUAAACUGGUCUCUGUUUUAAAAACAUGCCUAAGCCACGAUAAAGUAUUCAAGGUAAAUGUUUUUCGUCUUUGUUUUGUAUUUUUUUACAUUUGUAGCUACGAAAUUGGCGUCCCCAAUUUUAACGAAAUUUGGGAUGCCUUUUUCACUGUUUAGUGCUUGAAAUAUUUGCUAAAAUUGACUGGGAAUACUUAGAGAUUUCAUCGUAGAAUGGCGUAGUUUAUUCAUUUGCUCUUUGACUAAAACGUUUAGCUGUAUUAUUGCUAAACAUGCCGUUUUUGGGAAUUUGGUUUGCAACUAGGUUUCUACAUCCAAUCACGCCAUCAGCCCAUUGAAAACAUUAGGUCACGUCAGCUAGUUUCCUAUCCAUUUAUUUUAUUAUCCAUGGUAAUACCACAGAAUACUACACAGAAGUCCAUCUUCAUUGUUUUUUGCGUAAGCUCUAUUCGUCAUGAUUCGUCACUCAGCAAGUACCGUAAACAGAAGCAGUCACCCCCCUGAACAUACGCCAUUUUUAGUAUUUCCAGGGGGGUGACUGCUUCCGUUUACGGUACUUGCCGAGUGACGAAUCAUGACGAAUAGAGCUUACGCUAAAAACAAUGGAGAUGGACUUCUGUGUAGUAUUCUGUGGUAAUACACACGUAAAAACGCACAAGUUUUUACUGGUCUGCAAACAAGUUGUCAAAAAUCUGUUCACAAACUGUCGACAAGUUGUAUUUGCACUGCUUGUUCCCAGUUGUUGUAACAAGUUUGGAACAAGCUGUUAACAACUUGUAACAAGCUUGAUGGCAUUAUCAGACUUGUAGCAAAGUUCUAAAAAGUCUGAUACAAUCACGAUAUAUCGAGAAUGUUACGAGGUUGAUGACACAACAAUAUUGUUACAAGGUUGACGACACAUGGUUGUAACAAUAUUGUUAUAUUAUGACUGUAUCGGAACUUGUUGGAACAACCUGGAACAACUGUUGGAACAACUUGUUAGAACAAACGUGACGUAGCACGCGCAUGCAUUACUCCGCCUCAUUACUCCGUCUUAUUGCUGCCUACUCCGCAGGCCCUCGUUGCGUCAUGGGAAGGUCACGAUCUGGCGAGGGCCUGCGGAAUCUUGUAAAAAAAAAUGGCGCCGGCGUCACGUCAGCAAGUAAAUUUCUACAUAAUCUUGAAUAUAAACAGGAUAUAAAAAAGCGACUCUUAACUGGCGACUCUUAGGACAUGGAAGGAAGCAUUUGUUAACGAUAAGGUUUGUUGUCCACGCCAACAUUGCACGAAUAAAACUGCCUUCUUUAACGAAGCAGCUUCGAAACAACAUUCAUUUUACAAGAUUCCGCAGGCCCUCUCGAAAUCGCGACCUUCCCAUGACACAACGAGGGCCUGCGGAGGAGGCAGGUCUUAUUGCUCCACGGCACUGCUUUGUCUGAAAAAAGGGGUUAGUUUGCCCGUAAAUAACUAUUACUUGCCCUUAGCAUGCGCAUCAUGUGCCCCUGGUUCAUUCAUGUGCCCCUGGUUCAACUCUUGUGUAAUGGACAUGAAUUAAAUUAUUAUUCAUUAACAGGUUUAAAACUUGGCACUCUGAGGACAGAAUGGCUUGGACCAUCGUUGCUAGGUAGCGACACCUACUCAUCUCAUAUUGCAUCAACUCGAUGGUUGAAUUUAAUACGAAAUGCUCGACAACGUGUGCGUGUUAGUACAAUGAUCAGCAGAAUCGACGAGGAGAUAUUGACGGAACCUAGUAUGACGGACAUCAGUAUCCUGGAGGAUAUGACGUCAGACGGAUCAAGUCCUGGUUCGGCUCGGCGUUCUUCCGAUCAGGCUGAUCCUUUGUUUGAUGGUGACGAAUCUUUCACUGAUUCUGAUAUUCAAAUCUAUUCACAGCAGUCCAGAUCACGUUCGGGCAGUCGGUUAUCAGUAAGUCAGAGUGACUCCCAGCUUAAGACAGUAGCUGAGUGUAGCAGACUUGUACUAUCAGAAAUAAAAGACAGUCUAAAUGAAGCGUUUUUUGAGGAGACCAAUAUUUCACCCGGUACUCGUCCACGAGGUGGCAGCGAAUCUCAAGUUCAGAAUGUUGUACAUAAAAAGAUAAUUAAGAAGAAAUUAAAUGAAUCACCUCCACCUAAGGAUAAGGAACCACUACCCAAAUCAAAGUCAGGAAGUAUGAUUGAAGGUGACCUGAAUAUAUCAGCCAGUCCUCCUGGUAAAAACCCUGUAAGGUAAGUAUAUUAGGAAGUUUACGCAUGUAAGACAGCAACAUCAGGACGACGGGUAUCAAUACCAUGUCAUUAAUCCUAUAGCACAAAAAAAAUGAAUAAUUAAAAGUAUAGCAGGAGUUUCAGACGUCGUUCAGGCUCUGUUGACGACGGCGAAAUGCAUAUUUUUACGUCCUGUAAACUACGGCUGCCCAGCAUUCCAAGCCGUGGCAGGCAAUUUUUCUAGUAGAGUUGAUCAAAAUUGCUCUGAAGGUUAAAGCUCUGUUUCACUAGUUCUAACCUGUAUUAAAAGUGGCCGGACACUUUGACGAAAGCCGUUUUGCCGAAAGACAUUUUGCCGAACAGACGUUCUGCCGAACGGACAGUUUGACGAACGGACAACUUGCCGAAAAUAGAGAUAUCUACGAUCAAAGUUUCUGUGCACAUGAUUAAAGUCAUUGUCGAUUUUGAUGACAGAAACUUUGAUAGUGAAGUAAGUUUCGUUUUAUAUUCUUUCAAGUUUUUGACAAGUUUACCGAAAUUUCGCGUUAUAAAGAUUAACAUCAUUCAACAUCAUGAAUGCGAUUCCCGAGAACUGUGCAUGUAUUCCAUGAUUCUCGAAGUGAAAUUCGCUUACGUCGUUUUCUUUAUAUGCGCUUGUUUGUUUAGGACCUGACGUCAAAACACGUUCCUAACAAACGAAUCAUCCGCUGCACAAACAAGCUACCAAUAGUCAAUAUGCAUGGUUAUACACUGCUAACGAUCAUAUAAUGGUUAUUUUACACAAUCGUUGAGAGUUACACAGUAGAGAAAUGAGUCACAGUCCCAAACAUUUUGACGAAAUAACAUCUCUAUUUUCGGCAAGUUGUCCUUUCGGCAAACUGUCCGUUCAGCAAAAUGUCCGUUCGGCAAAGCCGUCGUCCUGACGCCGCCGUCUUAUAUGCGUGAACUCCCUAUUGUAUACUGUCGACCGGGUAGUGAGUAUAUAAGUGGUAAUGUUGUACCAAUUUUACUCCCUACAAAAUUAUUAAAUUGCUGGGAGUAAACAUUGGCUGCCAAUGAAUUUUUAGGGAUCAUAUAAGUGAAGUCUGCAAAAAAUCUAGCCAUAGAGUAGGAGUAAUCAUGAGACUACGAUUCCUACAUGCAGCAGUGAAACUCCAAUUAUACAAAGCAGCGAUCCUACCGUACUUAAGGUUACAGGACACCCUUUUGCCAGUUUUUCGGAAAAUCGCUACUGCGCGCUCAAUAUCAGUCCGAUUUUCAUCAAAUUUUCACCAAAUGUUCGCCAGUGCAUGCAAAAUAUGGUAAAGUUGUAAAAUUAACAAACAAUAAAAUAAUGUAAGAAUUAUUCAGGAAAAUCUUAAGUCGCGGUACCUUUACGCUUUUGAGUUGUGCUCCUGCUGGUUUUAAGUUAUAUUUUGAAAAUAUCAUUUUUAUACAGUAAAAUAGUUGUUCUAAAAAAUUGUGUUCGGAAAUUUUUUGUUUAUUUCGUCAUUCCGCUGAUAUGGCGAUUUCUUUGACGACUACAAUAUAUUUCUGAAUUGUUUGAGUGAAUUGCUCUUUAUUUUUAAAAUAUCCAAAAUUUAAAAAAAGCCGAACGUAUUUAGCUAUGACCUGUGAAAAUUUGAGAAAAAUUGGUUAAAACUCGCAGGAGCACAACUCGUUUGAAAAUCAGUAAUUACCGUAAAAUUUUUCGGGAGAAAAUUGAAUUUGAAUAUUACAUUUUCAAUGUAUUUCGUAUUGCAGCGAAAUGUAUUUUAUUAAAUAACUCUGCGAGUUUUUAACAUUUUUCGUUCAAACUUGGUCAGAUAGUAGAACUAGUCUAAUGCUUUCAUUGAAACCAAUAAAAAAAUUUUAGGCAAAAUUAACACUCAAAGGUGUUCUGUAACCUUAAACGUAUUGUAGUAUGAUUUGGCAUUAUUUUAGGGGAAGUGAUACCCGAAAGGUACAUUAGAACGUGUCCAGAAAGAGCUUUACGGGCAAUAUUUUGUGACUGGAACACUUCUUAUAAGCAGUUAUUAGAAUGGGCUAAGCUACCUAUACCUUAUUAAAUAGACGACUGCAAGAUCAUAUUGCGACCAUCGUGUAUAAGGUCAAAUCUAAGAUCUGCCCAAAUUACAUGGUAGACAUGUUUUCUAGAAACUCAACAAUAUAUAACCUAAUUCCAGAACCAUCCUCAGAGAUAGGAAAACUAGUUUCAUAUUAAUCUGACACUGCAAUCGAGCAACGAAAAAUUUGUUGGCUCGAGCGGGAUUUGAACUCGCAUCUUCGGGUAUCUAGACAAGCGUUAACUCGUCACGAAAAUAUUUCGUGCACUUAAAUUGGAUAAGACUCGCUACCAAUCUCUGUUGACUCGAUAGCUCAAUAGGUAGAGCGGCGGUCUAGAUACCCGAAGAUGCGAGUUCAAAUCCCGCUUGAGCCAACGAAUUUUUCGUUGCUCGAUUGCAGUGUCAGAUUAAUAUGAAAAUAUAUAACCUAAGUGUAAAGGAAUUUUGUAUCCCUAGAUUUAAUACAGUGAACUACGGUAAACAUUCUCUCUCCACUACUGUGGUCUAAGCUACCAGCAAAACAUAAGAACUAUUCAGUCAUUAAAAUUAUUUAAAAGAGAAAUUAGAAAAUUAGAUUUCGAGGCUUUAAUGGCUAUAGUGAUGACUGUAGGAACCGCUCGGUAUGUAGUACAUUGUAGUAUUGUAAAUAUUUUAGCUGUAGGAACUCGGUAUUGAAUACCUUGCCCUUGGGGUAUAAUUUCAGGUAGUUGCUGACUAAGCUUGUUCUCAUUUUCUAGGUGUUUAGACUUGUCCAGAAACGAGAUUUCUAAUGUUGACAUUUUAGCAGAACAACCAAGUACGAUCUCAUUUCAUCUCUCCUGUAUUGAAAACCUGGAUCUAAGCCACAACACGUUAGCGGCGUUACCAAUCGAUUUAUACCAGAACAUGAAACAGUUACGGAAACUUGUUUUAAGCCACAAUGGUCUCACCGCGAUCCCAGGCUGCGUGUUCACGUGGAGUAAAUCCCUAGAAUGGGUUGAUCUUUCUCAUAAUAACAUCAAGCACAUGGGCAAACCUAGAAACCAUGUCACGAGCUUUGUCUUACACCUCGAUCUAUCGUACAACUCGAUUGAGGAAUUUCCUAGCUGCAUCAGGGAAGGAUUUCCUUUGUUGGUACAUCUUGAUUUAAGUCAUAACUACAUCAAGUUUUUACCCACGAAGUUGGAAAGCAAUGAGGAAAGUCAAGCACAAUCCACAGAAGAAGCUAUCAAGCUAAGCAAAUUGCAGACUCUGAACCUCUGUCACAACGCUAUUGAAACAGUCUCUGCCAGUUUUUUAACAUGCUUAACUAACUUGGAAACAUUUCGAGCUUCACACAACAACUUAAGAUGUCUUCCUGAUACCGUUGCAACGUUCUUGACGAAAUUAGGAGUCGUGAAAUUAUCCCACAACAAAUUAGUCGAGAAGGCUCCAUUUUACUUAUCAAGGUUUGUGUUGUGUCUACCAAAUGUUCACUCUGUCGAUGUAAGUGAAAACGGCCUGACAUCUAUCGCAGCGCCACCAAGUUGGUCCAGCCAGCGUUUGAAAGAUCUUAACGUCUCCUGCAACAACAUCAGAACUAUCGACCUCACCAAAGCUGCAAGCCAAUGGCCAUUUUUAACCCAUCUAGAUUUGAGCGAUAACGACCUGAGGCAAAUCCCCAAAGGUAUAGGCGAGCUGAAGUCAUUGGGUCAGCUGAAUAUUAGCGGGAACACUAGAAUCAGUAUCCUGCCAAACGAAAUGGGAAAUCUUGGCAAACUAUGGGAGUUUUUACACACGGGUGUGAAGAUUGAUAUGAAUGAUUCGCUCCUUCGUGGCAGGACACGUGAUUUAGUUGGUCACCUUCACGCAAGGCUCAAGAAGUCUGCUCCAAACCCGCAGAGAAAGGUGGUCGUCUGUGGCCCGCAAUCGGGCGGGAAGACUACCUUACUUCGUUUACUCUCCACAAGCAAGACUUUAAAGAAACUGUGUGUGAGAGACGGACGAAAAUCGAAGUCGAAGAAUACGAAUGAAAGUCUUCAUAUUCAGAAAUGGAUAAUUGAUGAUGUCAAAGGAGAUUGUCGUUGUUGUAGUCGUAAGAAUGUUUCUCUUGUCUUACGCAUGUGGGAGUUCUCGGCAGACGAACAUAACGCAUGCGUGCACCGUUGUUUCUUAAACGAAACCGACCUUCAUAUUCUGGUUUUUGAUGCGAGCGCAAGUGUUGAGAAAGUUGACUCGUUGAGACCCUGGUUAGCCAACAUUCAUGAUCAAUGCCCUGGGGCGAGUGUCAUGGUAGUUGGUACGCAUGUUGAGAAGAUCCCGGCUUCGCGAAAGAAAUCUCACUUGGAUAACCUCAAUAACCGAAUCCAGGUGAUUCGCAAGUCGCCAGAGAUCCCGGUUAUUCAAAGUGUGUCCUUCGUCGACAAGAAUACAAGUGUGGAUAACGUGGCAAGAAAGUUGUUGAAUCUUGCUAUGGCGUGCAACAUGAAGGGAAAUCAGAUUCAUAAUCAUAACAUGCCCAAGAGUUUCAUCACCCUACAGAGUGUUAUGGAGAUCAGAGCGAGAAACGAGACAGAGAAUGGCGGUGUCAUUCAUUUGAGUUCGCUGAAAAAGAUCGUGCAAGAUUCCAAACUUGAUAUCAACGACGACGAAUUACAUGAAGCUGUCGUGUGCCUUCGUCAGUCUGGUGAGUGUUUGCCAGUGAGCUGGCGUUUCACCGCCCUAUCUUAUAACCGUGUCCUUUCAAAUCCGCCAUAUCGAAUUUGACUAGGAGUGAGAACUACAAAGUAAAAACGAAGCUAAAACUAAGUUUUCAUUGCUUAAAUCUUUUGCCUUGUUGUCUAAGUUUACAGUUUGAGGAUAGGUUUUGAAAUAUCAGGUUGUUCGAAGGCACAAAAGCAAAUGUAAGUGAUGCAUCAGUUGUGCAUUUAGAAAAACAGUGAAAGUUGUGUAGCCUUUCCAAAGUAAUUUCGCGUAGACAUAGUUAUGAGUUGACCACUAUCUUAACAGGUAUUGAAACUCAUCAAUAGCUAUUUACAAGCGAAUGAUUCAUUUGUUUAUCUUCUUUCUAGGUCUUUUGAUGAAUUACGCAAAGCCUGCGGCAAAGUUGAAUGAAUUGUUUUUUCUUUCUCCACCCAAGCUGGCUGCCUUGAUAGCGAAGGUUGUUACAUUCGUCGUAAAUGUUGCAAACCCUAUGGAACUGAUCACGCAAGAGAAACUGCGUGAACUUAUUGUAGCCGAAGGUUUUUCAAACAUGCACGUACCACAGAUACUACG